CUACACGUCAAGCCAAAAAAUGUCAAAGCAUUAACUGAACUGAAAUUACAAGUCAAACACGUUUUAAGUUUAGGCUUAUAGAAGCUCCACAUGAUCCUCAGAUCAAGUCAGAGAAUAAAGAAAAAUGGAGAAAUGGUCUGAGUUGCCGCCAGAGAUCCUCCACUCCAUCUCCCUGAGAAUCGACAACCCCUUUGAUCUGAUCCACUUCUGGUCAGUAUGUUCAUCUUGGCGAUCCUGUAGCCUCUUAUUUCGACCGAAGACAUCACUUAUAUGUCCUCUUCUCGUAUACUCUUCUGGUUAUGGUGAUGAUCGUUAUAUCUUGAGCAGAAGUGUUUACCUUCUCAAGUCUUCUGAUCUCAACGGUCCUCGAUAUUGGUUGUUUAAGCUACAAGAGAAAGAGAACGGAGACAUAGUUCUACAUAGUUUGUUCCUAAGAAGAAACACCGAUGAGGAUAGAUAUUCGUAUCCAACUUUUUCACUUGACUUGCUCAGAUGUCAAGUCUUUGAGUUAGCUCAAGAACAUGUGGCUUGUUACAGCGAAUGGUCCGAACCAUGCGAGGGGAAAGUGGAAAGACGCAUUGGCUUUAUGAGUUUAGACGCAGAGAGCAACGAGUUUAUGGUUCUAGGGCGUCUCCCAUUCAAGGGUCCCGCUGUGUAUAGGUCAAUCGAUGGGCGUUGGACUGAGCUCCAGAUAACACAACCCGUUUCCUUUGAAGGGAUAGUUUCAUAUAAAAGCAAGUUUUACGCCAUAGAUCUUACCGGCAGAACAAUAGUUGUAGAGCCAACUCUACAAUUGCAUACGUUUCAGCGGUCUAGACCGUCUUAUAAGGCAAGGAAACGCUGGCUUCUAAACUCAGGGGAUAAGGUCCUUCUCGUAGAGAUGUGCACAGAGAGACGAGCCGAUUUUUUCAUACCAAAUAUCCGUGAGAAGGAGAUAUGGUUCGAAGUUUCAGAGUUAGACGUGGAGAGAAACGACUGAAUCAAAUGGAAGAUGUGGAUGAUUGAUCGUGUGCUGCUACUUAAGCUUUUGAUUUUUUUUUUUGUUAAACUGUAAAUAUUAUAAAUAAAAUGUUUUAGAGUUACAAAAACCUAUUAUAAUG